UGCGCACUGAGAUACUAUAGUCAGGGACCAAACCGAGGACGGAACGGUAUUUUCCGCACGUAUUCGCGAAGUCCGGGCAUCGUUCCAGAAGGACAGCCACCCAAGGCCCCCUCCUGCCCUGCGCACCACCGACAACCCCUCAACGUCUGUGUCCAGGACUGCCAGCUCAUCUGUGGCGUCUGCCUAACAGUGGGCCAGCACCAGGGACACCCCAUCGAUGACCUGCAGGCAGCCUUUAUCAGGGAGAGGCAGGCGCCCGCUCACCUGCUGGCGAGGCUCUCAGACCCCCGCCGGGCAGAGGUGUGUGAGCUGGGGGAGCAGGAUAAGGCCAGCUGUGAGGGCCUAGUGAGGCAGGACCGGCAGGCCGUGGAACAGUACUUCCAGGGGAUUGCCAGGAAGAAAAGCUUUCAUGGGGGCCUUGGACACCGCAAGCGUGGAGGUGUCUCUGGCCUACGAUCCACUCAUUGGAAACUGAAGGAGCUGCAGUCUUCUGGAUAGUUUACCUGAAGGUGUGUGAGCUGGGGGAGCAGCUGGAGCAAAGGCCAGCUGUGAGGGCCUAGUGAGGCAGGGCUGGCAGGCUGUGGAACAGUACUUCCAUGGUCUGGAGCUGGUGCUUGCCAGGAAUAGUCUUUCAUGGGGGCCCUGGACAACGCAAGCGUGGUGGUGUUUCUGGUCUACGAUCCACUCAUCCAAAGGCUAGAGCUGCAGGAGGAGCAGCUGGACCUGUGGUCUCUGGGCUCGGCCGUGGAGGACAAAGACUCUCCCCUGGUCUUACUGGAGAAGUUCUACCUGUUCUGGGAGGUGGAGGCGCUGGUAAAUCUACUCCUGCCCAAAGUCCUAUCCCUCUCAAUCAUCCUUGUGCUGCGGAGUACCAUCGAAGGGCUGGUGGAAGAGCCGGUGCCUUAGUUCUUCUGCUGUGCCAAGCCCACCAUUCUGCUGAUGGUUCAUAGGACAGAGGCAGGGCCCAUGAUCUGUUGCUGCAGCUCCAGCUGGCCGUGUGGGUGAAUCCUGUUGGGGGGGCUUCUCCCUGCUGUCCAAGCUCAGUCAGCUGGUACACGGCCUAAGUAGCGAACUGACCGCCUCACUAUGGGAGACCGCAGGCUUCCUGUACGCAGACAGUGGAGGUGCAGCUCUUUCUUCUCCACACUGAGGGAGAACACCUACCAUCCUUCAAGCUCAUGACAAAUACACGUGGGUCUUCACUUCAGGAAGGACCCAAGCACCUGGUGAUGUAAGGUUACACUCCUUUGGUUUGAAAUUAAUGCUAACUGUGCCUAGUGAUUGGAGCCUUCCUGAUGUAGCAGGAUACAGUUGACAGAACAUACAGGCUUUACUUCUGGAACUAACCCUGACCCCAGCUAAAGCUCGUCACAGGAAGAUACUGCCUCAAAGUAAAAACCAAACUUUUCAAAAAUCCAAAAAUGCAUUCAGCAGAUUGGAAACUGUUAUAUUUAACCAUAAGCCUUAAAAAGGUACAGCUUUUUCAAAGACAUUCUAUAACUCUACAUGUAGUAUACUGUAAUAAAUAAUACUACAGGGCUGACAUUUAACUCCAGCUAUUUAACCUUCACCAGAAAAGCCUUCUGUUCAAUCAAGUCAACUACAAUGUGUACUUCAAAAUAUUUCUUACAAUAAUCUCGUGAUACCUCUCAAAUUAAUGGGAAGACAGGACAAGUCUCAAUCUCAGGAUGAGUGGUUUGUGUGUUGCUCCAGAGACAUCCCAAUUGUAGUGCACUUAGUUGUAUGUAAACUUCUGACUCCACACCUUAGCCAAAAACAUUUAAGCUCCGUCAUUCACAAUGCCUGACAUUUAAUCCUAGUAAAAAUUCAAUUUUAGGUCAGUUAG